UAUGUACUUCUAUUGAAGAAAGACAAACAGAGAAGAGAAGAGAAGAGAAGAGAAGCAAUGAGAGCAAAAAUCGAUCGAAACCGAGAGAGAUAAAGUAGCUAGCUAAUUUCAACAAAUACAAAGCUUUUGAAGUAAUUAAUUUCAGGAUCUGGCUCGCCUGCUGAUUCUGCUGUUGUAAUUUGAAAACAGACUCUCUCUCUCUCUGACUAAGCAAGCAUGGAUAGAGAAGAAAGCGAGAAUGGAAGGGAAGACAUGUUGAUUGAUGGACAGAAGCAGGGAAAUGUUUCUGUCCCUAGCGAAUUUAAUGUUAAUUACCUCAAACUUUAUUAUGCAAAGCUCUUUCCUUAUGCUGAUAUGUUCAAAUGGAUGUCCUACGGAAAUGAUGGGAAGCAUCCGGCUUGUGACCAGUCUUACUUCAGCCGGAGAGAGUUUUCUUUUACACUUGAAAAUGAUAUCUACCUUCGGUAUCAGUCUUUCAACAAUGUAGUUCAACUUGAAAAUUCAAUCAAAGAGAAGUGCCCCUUUAAAAUCGAUAUCGGUCCUGUUUACAGUGUAGAUCCUGCUAAGAAGAAUGCAUAUGCCCAAAGUGGUGAUAAUGUUUUUACUCCAGUGGAGAGAGAGCUAAUAUUUGACAUUGAUAUAACAGACUAUGAUGAUGUUAGAUAUUGCUGCUCUGGAGCUGAUGUUUGCCUGGAAUGCUGGCCUUUAAUGACAGUUGCUAUUAAAGUGAUUGAUACUGCACUUAGAGAUGACUUUGGCUUUAACCACAUUCUAUGGGUUUAUAGUGGCCGGCGUGGUGUCCAUUGCUGGGUCUGUGAUGGGAAAGCAAGAAGGUUGACAAAUGAACAGAGGGCAGCUGUUGCUGAUUAUUUUCGAGUAUACAAGGGAAAUGAAAAUAGCAGCAAAAAGGUUUCAUUGACUGGUCCUGCCCUUCAUCCUUUUCUCGUGAGGUCGUAUUCUGAAGUUCUUGAGCGUUUUUUUGAGACAAAAUUGCUUCUCUCUCAGAAUAUAUUUUCAACCGAGGAUAGAUACGAGAAGAUUCUGGAGAUGAUUCCAGACAAAUCUGCUACUUCUGAGCUACGGGGAAAGUGGCAGACUAAGAAAGGCUCAAAAGAAGACAUUAAUGUUGUUCGAUGGGAGCAGCUAAAGAACACACUGCAAUCUGGAAAAUACAAGGCACAAGGGCUGCGUAGGUGUGUUGAAGAGAUUGUGUUUUCCUUUACCUAUCCGAGACUUGAUAUGGAGGUCUCAAGACACAUGAACCAUUUGCUGAAGGCACCUUUCUGCGUACAUCCAAAAACAGGACGUGUUUGUGUGCCUAUUGAUCCUAACCACUGUGAUGAAUUUGAUCCAACUACGGUGCCAACUCUUUCCCAGCUAUUUGAAGAACUUAACAUAGGAGGAACGAGAGCAGAAGAUGAAAAUGAAUGGGAUAGAACCUCACUUGGACAGUCCAUCAGUUUUUUCAGAUCAUCAUUUCUGCAACCUCUUCUAAAAUCCUGCAAGGAGGAGAUGGAGAGCUCCUACAAAGCAAAACUGCAGCAAUCAAAAAGUCCCCUGAGCUGGUAGUACUUUCCAGUCAUUCAUCAGUCUUCUCCUUUCGUAAUGGUGUGAUACCGUGUAAGCUAUUGGGUAAUCAAUGUUAUCAUGUUCCUUGUAAUGUCAUUAUCAAGUUAGAAUAAUCUUCCUGAUCUGCAUUUUAUCAAAGAAACUUCACUACCUUUUGUAAA